AUGAAUGCCAUCAAGUCCACUGUUCUAGACAAGUUCGCCACCAACCCGGUGGUGAAGGAGGUCAUAGACAUCACCACAUACUCUGGCGAUCGCAUGGAGCGACUGAAAAAUGUCGCAUUGAAUGAGAAUCAAAACCACAAGCUCCGCCACAUUCUAAAGCAUUUCCUUGCCCCCAGCAUCAAACCAAUCUUUGUGGAUGAUGAAGCGACAACAUUCCAGGAGAAUGAUCUAGUCCCUGAUGACUGGCUGGCUAUGGUCGACCAAGACCUGAAGAUGCCUUUCCGCAUGUUCGAUGUCGAGACCAAAAACAUGGUACCCACAUACAACCUGGGUCUGCAUGAUCAGUACUGCAUUGUUUCCCACAGCUGGAAAGGGUCUGAGAUUGGUUAUGGAUACUUCGCCAAUGCCAGGACUUUCAGUCCCAAGAAAGACUCCGAGGCUGAUGACGAAGGCCAGGAGGAAAGGCCAAACCCGAACGAUUUGAGCAACGUUAUCGAAAAGUGCAGGUCUGAUAUCAAACAGUUGGAAGAAAGCCUUCAGGCCGCACUUCCCAACGUCACGCCCAGGGAGGGUAAGGAAGGUGGCCAACGCCCAUCGGAUAUUGCAAUGCUUCUCCAAUGGUUUAUAGAUGCCAAUGGUGCCGAAUAUGCUCUUGGGAGAUCGCAAAAAUCCCUCCAUGAUGCUACAGGAAAUUUUUCAAGUGCCCAGCGAGAGGCGAUCUAUUACAAUGAUCUAUGGGACAAACUCGAUCAAGCAGAUGGUUUCGGGGCUCAUGCUCCGAAGUAUAACGCGAGAAACGGAAACGAAGCACCAAAGACAGAAUCACAACCUCAAAAGAAGAACGAGAACAAGGGAGAGAAGACAGAUGUUCACCGCGCCAUUGAUCGUUUGACGGAAGAAGCAUCUCGCCAAAAGAAAGAUGCUGAAGAGAAGUUCCAGGCCGCCUCAACAGCCAGAGAAAACGCCAGUAAGACAAUCAAGUUCUUCGACGACAAUCGCGAAUUGUGCUACGGAAUCGAGAAAUUAUUGGUUUGCUUGCAACACAUCCGAUCCUCACGCAAGAUUGACUACUCAAUCACCCAGGCCAAAGAGCUGUUCAACAAGCACUUCCCCAAAGGUGGCAAGCGAUAUGUCUGGCUCGAUACAUGUUGCAUCAACAAAGCCGACAGUUACGAAUUGACUGAGUCUUUAGCUUUGAUGGGUGACUGGUAUGCCAAUGCCGACUUUUGUCUCGUUCACCUGGACACCCCUCGCUCGGAGUCUUCAUGGAUUGAGGAAUGGAAACAUUGGAAGACCGAGUCUCAUGAGCCCAUUGAAGUCAACAUGGAGACUUUUGAUACAAUUGGCCAUGGGGCCAAUGCGACCGAGAAAAGCAAGAAUCAGGUGGAAUGGGCAACUCGUGGAUGGACGUUGCAAGAGUUGGUGUUGAGCAAGGUCACCUACUAUGUCAAUUCGCACUGGAAGAAUCUGGUCAGACCCAUCGAGCAUAUUGGCCCCUUUUAUCAUCUCCGUCCAUUUAUCCAACGUUAUCGACGUCAACCCUUCGUACAGAAGUUCAAAAAUAUCACGACUAAGCAAAUGGCAACACUUGAGGAGCUGCUAGAGGGCGAGGUUGUUAGGAAGGAGAUGCCUCGGGAACAAAAACUCUCUCUCAUGCUUCAACUCCUAGACUUCUCGCCGCCCAAACACUUGAAAGAGAAGAUGGCUGAAGCCCAGAUAGGCAAGGCAGUUUUGACAGCCAGUACCAAGCUACCCACUUUGCUGAAGGAUUUGGCCGAUAACAAGGGAAAUGUCGAUACGUCCUGUCUAUCCAAUCUCAUGGACCAGGAAGGUCAUGUAAAUGAAAGAAUCGCCGUGUUCAACCACAUGUUGACGGACUUGGUUGAUUUGACUGACGAAGCUAUCAUCAGGGAUCGGACAGCCAUUUCGAAAUUCAGCCAAGUCGAGAACAUGACAAACUGGAUCACUGGAGAUGGCCUCCUGGAUUCUUCUGCUAGUACAUCUCUGGUCACGGCUUCGUCACGACAGACUACAGUACCAACUGACCAAGCGUACUCUUUGAUGGGUAUUCUCGGUGUGCGAUUUCCUGCAUUCCCAGCAGAAGGACUGCCCAAAGCUCUGGCCCGGCUCUUGGAUGAAGUGGUGAUAUCAUACAACGAUGUUUCGGUCUUCAACUGGACCGGCAAACACCAUGGCAGUACCCUUCACGGAAGAUCGUUAUAUCCUGCAGCUAUUGAUGCGUUUGUAGAUCCUGUGAAAAAUGAAAAGUUGAGAUCCAAGGCGGAGACCAACCAGCAAAUUCUCAAGUUGUUCAAGGACCAGCGGGUACGACGAAGUGAAAUUGCCACGAAUGUUAACUCGAUUCUCGCCGAGAUUCUGAGAACCGUCAAGGAAAUGCCAGAUGGCCACCCUCUAUUUACCGAUCUGGAUUUCCUGGGUGGUAAGAUCAAGCUUGCCGAUUUUGAUAUGCUUGAACCCUGUGUCGAAAACUUGAAAAAGGUUGUUGCAUCCCUUCAGAAAGAAUUAGCAAACAUCAGAGCGAGCGAAGGAGAGAAGAAGAACACGGAAAAGAGCGCAGAUCAAGCACCAGACAACAAGGGGAAAACAGCAAGUGAGAAACCAGGGAGAUUUGGCUUCGGGCGAAUCAAUUCAUUGCCCAAGUCAGUCAAGUCGUUUGAAGUAUCCAAGUUGCCAUUUGGUAGAAAAGCGUCAAGCGUGCAGACAAAUGAAGCGGAGUCACCAUCCGAGGUGUCCAAACCGGGAGAGGAUGCUACCCAAGAUCUGGAUAGUCCAUGCCUCAAAUAUAACCAUGAUGAGGAGCCUUUGGACAAGUACAUCCAGCAUGUACUCGAUGUCCUCGAUCAUCAUACACUACCCCAGGGAAACCCCAGUCAAGCAUCUGAGCUUUCAACAGACACCCUAAAUAGCGAUUCGAAAGACACUACCAGUCGUAUGGAAGAGUCACAAUCCCCAGACAAGCGAAUGGUUUGUCCCAAUCCAGUCACAGUGAGCACGGCCGGUAUCCGAGGCAUCUUUGAUAUUCAACGAAUAAUUGUCGAUAUGGUUGAGCCCGAGACGCUACGUUCUCGAAUCCGACACGCUGUCAGUGGCCAGUUUGUUGAUGGUUGGUGCACCGUCAGCACUGGAUUUUCCAUGACUCUCGUUGCCUUCUCCUGUGAACGUGACAUGCUCGAGCAGCAACUUGAUCUCGUGGAGGUCAUCAAGCGAAACUUCGAAGAGAAGAAGAAGAGCAAUGAUCCUGAUGACGAGAAUUCCGAAAAUAAGAAUACUGCCGCAUCCAACGAAGGUGCGCAGAAGGAUGCUGGGCAAAACUUGCCGCAAGGCGCUCCGAACGCGGCCAACUCUGAAGCCAAUUCUCAAACUCCGCCAAAGACGAAUAGUUUCUUGAGCCAAGUUUACCCGGAAAAGAGUCACGAGCAGAAGAAGGUCUCCCGCAUGAUUUCUUUCGUGCAGAAACCUGAUUUACACAGCAUUGCAGGUGAAUGGGUUCUUGCUAGGUUCACGGGUGUUCCUCGGGCCAGGUGGUACCUCUGUCGUCUGGAACUGGGUGCUGGAAAUGAUUUCUAUGGACGGCGAAUUCCCACAGAUGCUUUCAGCUUCGAAGAUGCCGCUCCCGAGCAAGGUCUGACCGAAUACUGGCACCAGUUUACCCGUGAGAAGAAAGAACGCACUUGCGAUACGCUUGAAAUUGCUCUCUACGGAAAGAAGCAGAUGACCUCCGCCAGUGACGAGAUUCAGAAGCUGGUGCAUUCAUGGAAAAGCGACGUGCAUAAGGCUGAUCAUACUCCCUUCGAGCUUGCUAUGGAAGUUACACAAAAUGCUUCUUGGGACAAGGUUGUCAACUUGGGCAAAGCGGCGGGAUCCGUGGUGACCGGUUUCAGUUCUGAAGCCUGGGCCGAAUAUCUUGACUCGCGCAUUGAGAAGGGCGCUCUGAAACGCGUUCCAGUGUCUCUACGGACUCCUGUGAAGGAUCUAUCCCAUAACAGAAAGCUGUUACCGUCCAUGUUCCAUGCGGGGCGCGAGGUGCACAUGUUCUGA